AUGGCGAUAUCUUUAGCACAUCACUCAGGACCGUCUCCCGCAGAUCCUCAGAAUAUAGCAACAUGCUCUUCUGUCGACUCCUAUCCUUCGUCGUCACUGAAAAUUCCAACCUCUCUAUACCCAAAACCUGGUUCGGGCGCCAGGGUCUUACUCGACCAGGUAUACUUACCAUUGAUUUCGCGGUUGGAGAUCGCAUUAUUCCCUCAGCUCCGUCGAGCAGGUACGCAAGACUUCGCAGUUCUAACUCAGCCUUUCCUUACGAGAAAUCCUAGUUCUCCCAAUGUUCCAUUUACCGUGCAACUUUAUUGUUUCCGCAAGGAUCCCCAUGAUGAGCUUCAGGAAGGUGACAGCCUGGAUACCACCCUUGAGCCUGCCAAAAGGCACCCUCGUGGUACAAACCCAGAAUGGACGCUCGACGCCAUCACUAAUACGCUUACGAGGUCACGUUCACAGAUUCAUCCCACGCAUGUCGGAGACACUGGAUCGCGUCGCAUCAGAAUGCGAUACCUUUCGUCCUGUAGAUCUAGGUUUCUACUAGAAAUCUCAAUUGCAAAUCCUUUGUAUUCAGUCGGAUGGAAAUCAGUCGCUCGCAAGCAGUAA